CGUUUGAUUAACCUUGAUUUGUUUGGAUCUAUUUCCGCUUAUUUUAUUGUUGUUUACCUUUUAAAUUUCCCAAGGAAGUGGUUCUCCUCUAAAGUUCUACCUUCUACAUAAGAAUGGCUCUUAACAACUUUUUGGAUUUCUUUCAGAUCCAGAAGGAGAAGACCUUCAGACCAAAAAAAAAAUUUGCUCAUGGCACUAUACGGUACAGUUUGCACAAACAAGCUUGUGCUAGCUUAAAUUCUGGCAUAAAUUUGAGAAAUGCUGUGAAAUUACCUUCAGGAGAAGAUCUGAAUGAUUGGGUUGCAGUCCAUGUUGUGGAUUUUUUCAACAGAAUAAAUCUCAUUUAUGGUACAAUUUCCGAAUAUUGUACAGACCAAACAUGUCCUACAAUGUCAGGUGGUCCCCGAUUUGAGUACUUGUGGGCUGAUGGGGCGAAAUACAAAAGACCUACACCCUUACCAGCAAGAGAGUACAUUAGCAAUCUAAUGGAUUGGAUUGAGAUACAAAUAAAUAAUCAAGCGUUAUUUCCUUGUACAUCAGACCUACCUUUUCCGAAGAAUUUCCUAACCCAUUGCAGUAAAAUCUUGGCUAGACUACACCGAGUUUUUGUCCAUGUGUAUAUACAUCAUUUUCAAAACAUCGUAACAAUAGCCGCUGAAGCUCAUGUCAACACCUGCUAUAAACAUUUCUACUACUUUGUGACUGAAUUUGAUUUGGUUAGUACCAAAGAAUUGGAGCCAUUGAGUGAGAUGGCUUCUAAAAUAUGUAAGGAUUCUCCCGAGUAAACUAGAUCUUAUUGCUACAGAAUACUAAGUUUUAAAUUUUUAAGAAGUUCUCAGUUAAAAAUUACUUAAGUUUAAAAUCUUGGAGUAUAUAAUCAAUAACCAUUUAAUUUGAAUUGCCAUAUUAUGAUUUAUGCUUUGAUCGAAUUUUAUUAGUUUUACAAUGAAUCAAUAUUUUCAAAUUUAUCAAAAAAAAAAUAAAGUGAAAAAUUUGGAGUUUGUCUCAAAAACUAACUGUAGAUUAAUAGUUUAGCACUUUUGCUUGUAUUAUUUAUGUUUGUUUCAUAUUGAUCAUAUUCUGUGAUUUAUUUAGUUGUAUGUAUAUAUUGGGUUCUACUGAUUUCUAUUAGACUGAUGAAACCCAACAGUUAUAGAUAAUACCGAAUUAUUUUGAUUCAUUUCAAAAAUAAUAUUCAGCAAAUAUGUUUUAUGUUUGCUCGUUCAAGGUCAGUUUUUUAGUGUAGUUCAAUUCCACUAACAUUUUUUCCAGCCUGUGUACUAAUAAUAAAGCUUUUGGUUUGUUUAAUAGGAAUAAAUAAAUAUUCAGAAGAAUUGUGAAAUUUAUAAGCAUAUUUUGGGAAUAUUGUAAUCUCUGUACCAAAGACUAUUAAAAAUAAUGAUAUUAAUAAAGGA